GAGAGGGAGAGAGAGAGAGAAAUAAGGGAGAAAAGAAGAGAAAAUGUGAGAAUCUGCGUGUAUCUGAUUAUUUGGCAGUGGGGCGAAAUCACAAGUUGGUGCUGCAUUACAUAUAUCCAUACAUAGAUACAUACGUACAUACGCACACACACAUACACACACAUACACACAUCGUGUUAUAAUGGUGCAGUGUCAAUUUCUGUUAUGGUAGCGGGAUCUACAAAUACUAACUUCUGUGCUUCCAGGUAGGCCAAGUCCAAGUCAUUAUUCCUUGUAUAUAACUGCGUUUUUGUACGUUCUGGGCAGAAUAAGCAAAGGGAGAUUCAAAUAUUUUAACUUUGAAUAUGUAUCGCGUACAAUAUAUUUAAUAGUGAAUUUAUUUUUAUAUUUUAAAAUACCGUUUUGUACUCUUCCUAUUACCUAAGUAACCUAAAGCUAAUUGUAGUACUUUCUCUAUCUCUCCGUAAAAUAUUUGCUUGAACCGUACAAGACCAGUCUUAAUUAAAAGUGAAAUCGUGCAGCGUACGAAGUUAGGAAAAAUCUCUAGUGGUUAUUAUUUUUCACUAAAAAACCUAUUCACUAAUUAUAUUUUUAUAGUACGGGAACGUUGUUGUGUAUAGUCGACAAUAGGCGCAUUACUAGUACUAAAUAAUAAAAACGCUUUGUGUGCUUCUAGAAAACCUCUGCGGAUCUGCACGAUGUCACUCGUCGUAAUUGUGGAGUGGUUACAUAAUAUAUAGUGUGGGCAUUUUCUUCUUUACGUUUGUACAUACAUAACGGACAAUCAUGGGAGGCACGAUGUUGCCACCACCACCUGUAGCAAUAUUUCCACCUGCGACCGCGAUGCUGCCCCGCGCUCCGCCGCAAUUCGCAACACCAUAUCCGCCACCUAUCUUCUACUGGCCUUAUCCUUCACCACCAGUUAGUCCAACCAAUUAUUACACUCCCGCAAAUGUCGGCGGUAUCGCACCGAUUCCUCAACAGGCAGCUUUGUUGGCACCAGCCGAAUGUCUACAAUUAGCAUCCGGGGCGACGACGCUGCCGACAACUACGUCUACAUCGACAGGACUUGAGACGUGUCUCGAAACGUAUCUACCGCGGGUAGAGCUAGAGAAACGAGUGGCUGCACUGCCUCCACCGCAGACCGAGUGCAAUCCCUUCAUCGAAGUUUUUAUGGUUUGAUUUUCUCGCCAACCCAUCUUUUCUUGCCAACGGCACAUUCUCAUCCUGCUUCCUCGUUAGGUGCGCAUUCCCGUGUCAGCAAUGUGUCAGCGAGAAAUCGAACUAAUCGUUGCAACAUUUUACUCGACUCGUUUUAAAAAAGAGAUCAUUUUAUUUCGUCAAAAUAUUUUACACGAAUUCUCUCAGAAUUAUUAUUUACUGUCAGCAUCGUCGACGAAGGCUCACGAUUUUUAAUGUCAUACACCUUGCUGACCUAGAUUAAUAUAUAUAUAUAUAUAUAUAUAUAUAUAUAUAUAUAUAUAUAUAU